AUGGAGGGAUUCACAUUACUGAAGCAUGGGGAGGUAGGGAUGCAUGGUUAUUUUUUAUUAUAUUGUUUUAGUCAUUAAAAGUUGAAAAGAAGGAUGCGAAUUUGAUAAGUCCAGGAUCGUCAUCUCACCGGGGAGGUAAAGGCUACAAGAAUAAUGCAGGGUCAGUACCACUCGUGAACGAGUCUUUGGAGUUGCUCAGUUUUAUCAAGGUAUGCCAAUUUCAAUUCUCAAUUAUUGUAAUUUUAGUCGAAAUUGUCCGAAUCUGACGUCAUAAAGCAUGUAAUUGGAAUAAUUGGACCUCAAGGAAGUGGGAAAUCGACUUUGAUGAGCAUGUUGGCCGGAAAUAACCCGCAGGAUCAGUUCAGGUAUAAUAUAAUACUUUAGGUAUCAAAUAUUAUUAUUUUCAAAUUUAGGCAAUACAUUUUUCGUCCUGCUACUAAGGAUACUGUUGAUGGUGGCUUUUAUCAAACAUCUGGUCUUGCUAUUUAUAUCAGUGAAUCAAGAAACGUUUACAUUGAUUGCCGAGUAAGUGUUGAGUGAAUGAUUUUUUGUAUAUCUUGAUUUUCAGCCGUUCAAUUGCGGUGCGGUGCUUGAAGAUUACAAUAAAAGGAGUCGUGGAGAUGGUAAAAACCAAUUCAAAACCUUCCAAGCCGAUGAUCUCACUUUACUUUCUACCGUAUUUGAUAUUUGCCAUACCGUAUUAUUGACAAUCGACUGGUUCAUUGAUAUGGACAUGAUCCAGGAAGUCCUCAGGGCCUCUCUUUAUUCUGAAUUCAAUGCCCGAAAAUUUGCGGGGUAUCCGAAGAGGACUAAUUUUAGUAAGUGAAUAUUUAUUGUGUUUUGGACUUUUUAGUAAUCGUUCACCAACGAGCUCACACUGCCGAUUUUGAGGUGGAGACUGUCAAAGAGCGUGUUAAAAUGAUAAAGUCUAUGUUUAAAGAUAAUCGUUUGAACAUACACAGUGGAGUUUCUAUGAAGAAAUUGGGAUUUGAUAGGUAUAAAGACUGUGGUGAUGAUGUUAGCUAUGUUCUCUUGAGUGAAUUCCCUUUGUGGAAUAAAGAUUGUAAGUCUAUUUUUGGUGUUUUUAUUCUUUAGGUUACUUCGAAGUGGAUGUGAACCGAAUCCCCUAUAAUGUGAUGGUGGAUAAACUCAAAAAGCAGAUUUUGAAUCUCACCCGACCUCCAUUUCGAUCAAUGACAACUCAGAGAACUCUGAGAUUACGGCCUGAAUAUGUAUUUGAUAAAACCAGACUUAGACAUAAGGAUAAACGGGACUUUGGAGACAAAGAUGGACACGAUCAAGAAGACACGAGCCAUCUUUUCAAUCCCGAUCACCUCCCUAAUAUAAUAUCCAAGCAGAGCGAACCCCCGCCAACCGAACCCUGGAAUGACCUCGAUUCGAUUCUCGCUCUCUCCCCCUCGCAUUCUGUGGAAAGCGCUACGAAUGCCGUCAAGUUAUUGCAUCUGACUAGCAAGAAUAUCAAGGAGAACGAAUUUGUGACUGGAUUGUUGCCACCGGAAGAGAAAGAACUCACUGAAUUGGGAUGGUAAGUAGAUUUGUGGAAUUAAAAAUUUUUUUUUGUGAUGCCAUGUGUGAAAAGAAAACUGAUAGCCUUGAUUUUGCUGAGUUUUCACAGGGAUUACAUUCGCUUCAUUUGUAGGGUUGGCAGGUUUGUAGGCUUGCCUUUGAUGGGAGUCGAUUAUAAAUAAAGUGGUUCAGUUUACUUUGUCACAUGCUUGGGUUGUUUAUUUUAGGUUAGGCGAAUACUUUUGUUCUCUUUUUUUGCGAUAGUUUGUGAUAAGAAAUUGAUUAGCGGUUAUUAAUAAAGUAAUAUUAUGUCUUCAGGUUCGCACAUGUGGAGAAAGUAUUCAAAAACCAUCUGGACUACUACCACACUAAAUAUUUCUUGACCAACAAUGGACGUCUCGCCCCGAUUCUUCUCCGAAAGUUAAAAGGAUCCAGCCGAAUUAUCUACAAAAAGGAGAGAACUCGAGCCGGUAGACCCGAGCGACGUGGACCACGUGUAAACACAACGAGCACGACCGCGGAGGACAAGGAAGACGAGGCCGAGGAGGAGAAAACGUCCGAAUUGGAGGAUGUAGAUGUAGAUUCGGAGCCUUCUUCCGAAUCCAUCUUCAGUGACGAUAGAUCCAGUGAAGAGGAGAGUGAAUCUGAAGACGAAAAGAAUCGAAGUAAGAAGUUCCAGAGAAGAAGAGCGGCCUCGGACAGCUCUUAA